AUGUCAACCUCAGACGAUGAUGACGAUGCCGUCUUUCAAUCGCAUUAUCGCGGCGAUUCUUCAUCCAGCUCAUCACCUUCUCCCCCGCCACAGCAUCAGCAGCAGCACAACUUCUUUGCGCCGCCCUUCUACAAUCGGCCCCCCACACCACUUCCUCCCUCGCCCUCAUUGNCAUCCAGCUCAUCACCUUCUCCCCCGCCACAGCAUCAGCAGCAGCACAACUUCUUUGCGCCGCCCUUCUACAAUCGGCCCCCCACACCACUUCCUCCCUCGCCCUCAUUGACAUCUCUUCUUCGACCCUCAAGACCAACCACACCAGACACUUCGGCCGAUGAGCUCGAACCCGUCCCUCGCGCAUCCCCCAAAGUUCCAACCUACGAAUAUUAUGGCUUCGUCCUAUACCUCUUCUCCUCGCUCACCUUCCUCAUGUACCUGCUCUGGUCGUACCUGCCAUCGCCCUUUCUGCACGCCUUGGGAAUCUACUACUACCCCAAUCGCUGGUGGUCUCUCGCGUUGCCCUCGUUUCUUGUGAUGCUCCUGGUGUACAUCUACGUGGCAUUGGCGUCCUACAAUACGGGUUACUUGACGCUGCCGCUAUCCUCGAUUGAAACUAUUAUUGAUGAUGCGGCGAAUAUUGCAACGCUAGAUGGAAAGGGGAGUAAACUUCCGCCGAGCAAUAAGAGGCGGGAUAGGGGGGAUCAUAGUAUCAAAGACUGGCAGGCACUGUGGAGUCAGGGGACUGAUGCGGUUAUGGAUGUACCGCUUGGAGGUGUAUGUGAGGUCUUGUAUGGGGAUUUGAGAGAGGAGUUUGAUGAGGACGAGGAUGAAUAUUCUUGA